AAGAUAUCUACCCUCAUUGCCUAUGUUUUAGUUGCAGAGAGACGGGAAGAAGUGAAGGAGACAGAUUCCUUUGCUUCUUCAAACAAAAAAUGAACAUGUCAAAAUUCCCCAUAUGAGACUCAGUUUUCUUUGGGACUUUGCAAGAAGAAGAGAAAGAGAGAGUUUCUAAAGAUUAGUAAUGGAGAGUAAUAUCAAAAACAGUGACACUAGAGUGGUGGUAGCAACCAAUCAAAGAAAGGGCUUUGAAGGAAUCAGAUUGGAGAAUCCAUUUGUUUUGAAAGUGGGUCAAGUAUUUACUGGCUUUGGCAUUGGUUGCGGUAUUGGUAUAGGCGUGGGUCGACCUAUAAACCUCGGUCGAAUACCUAUGCUGGGCGAAGUUAUGAGUGCAACUAGAGGAGCAACUGAUGCAUUUUCUGGUGUUAGCAGACAUGUAAAUGGUGCUUUAAGGAAGUUGGGUGCUAAGAACGUUGAAGCAGGGAUCGGAUGUGGAGUCGGUCUUGGCCAUGGUUUUGGCAUUGGACUUGCUGUGAAGCCUGGGGUGGUGAAUCAAAUUCAAUGUUGUGUUAUGCAAACGAUGACUAAAUUGAUGAACAAGUUUGGAAUAUCUUCCAACUUGCCCUUCAAUGAAGGUGCUUUUCCUGCAUCCUUUCAAAGUGGUUUGACCACAACAAAUGAACCCUCUAUUCAAGGCCCGCAUGGAAAAUUGAAGCAGUUGCUGCCAAAUCUACCAGAUACUACAUCUCAAGGCUUGCCUGGACCUGGAAAUACAAGCAGAGGUUCAGCUUAUCAAAAACUUUCAUCAGAAUCUCCAAAUGAAACAUCAUUCGGGACUCGAACAGAAAAAGUUCUUAAUAGCUUUUUGCAAAAUCCAUUGUUGAAGGAAGAUGAGACUAACCUAAGUGAACUGGCUGGACGGUUGCGCUCUGAAAACAACUUACUUCAACUGGUGCUGAAACAUCAACGAAUCAUCGAGGAGCUUAUGGAGGAGAAUCUGAAGCUUCGUCAGAUUCUCAUGGAAGACCUGAAAAUAUCCCCAAGCAAGCUCCAAGCUAGUUAUUCUAGUAAAAUUAAAUCUCCAUGUUCGGAAUGCUUCUAUUGCCGAAGGAAACAAAGGAGAAAUAGAUGAUGACAAAGUAUGAUAAGUAAACCAAAAACCAUUCAAGUGUUAUACCAAAGUUCUUAUUCGAUAACAUUUCCGACUGGAACAGGAUUUUAAGUUCUGGCAAGGUGCUCCAACCUGAUAAUGCAGAAGUGGUGUUAACCAUCAUGACAUGUGAGCCAAAGGAGAAGGAUACCAAAGUAAAUCAAAUCCGUCGAUGACCAACUUAAUGAGCUGAUUAAACAAUAGAGAUGAUUACACCAAACAGAUGAUAGAGCUACUUAAACUAAUAUCCAGAGGAAUUCACUCAUUUUUGCGUAUUGUAAUCUUUCAAUGACAUCCUUUUUUUUCCCCUUGAUGCAAUUCUUUGUUAUAACUUCCAUGAAAACUCUACAUUGUUGGUUUGAUUAUUUUUAUCCAAA